CACCCUUUUCCCCCUUUUCAACAAUUUCUUGAAAAAUAAAGAUAAAAACAUUAAUAAAACCCUAAUUUCAUAACCGAAUCUUUCUUCUACCUCUAACUCCAAACUUGAUAUUUCUCACUUCAUUUGUUCAUCAAUGUUAUAGUUUCAUUACCAGUUUGCAAUAUACAUACAUUUUUUUUCAUAUAUAUACAUAUACUUAUACACAUAUAUAUAUAUACUUAUACACGCAUAUACAUAAUACACACACACACAUAUAUAUAUAUACUUAUACACGCAUAUACAGCUAGUGCGAUGGUGGUUCCUUGGGGCGGUGUUACUUGUUGUUUGAGUGCCGCUGCUCUCUAUCUUCUCGGCAGAAAUAGCGGAAAGGAUGCGGAGGUGCUUAAAUCGGUUACUCGAGUUAAUCAACUCAAAGAUUUAGCUCAAUUAUUGGAGGCUGCAAACAAAGUAUUGCCCUUUGUUGUGACAAUAUCUGGUAGAGUCAGUUCGGAUACCCCGAUCAAUUGUGAGUAUAGUGGAUUGAGAGGAGUUAUCGUGGAGGAGACGGCGGAGCAACACUUUUUGAAACAUAAUGAUGCCGGUUCUUGGAUUCAAGACUCUGCUCUAAUGCUGUCAAUGUGUAAAGAGGUUCCCUGGUACUUGGAUGAUGGCACUGCCCGUGUAUUUGUUGUUGGAGCUCGUGGUGCUGCCGGUCUGGUAUUAACUGUUGGAAGUGAAGUGUUUGAGGAGUCUGGACGCUCACUUGUUCGUGGAACAUUAGACUAUCUGCAAGGUCUCAAGAUGCUUGGAGUCAAGAGAGUUGAACGUGUUCUUCCAACAGGCACUCCAUUAACUGUUGUUGGUGAGGCUAUUAAAGAUGACAUUGGAACCCUUCGGAUCCAACGACCACUCAAAGGCCCAUUUUAUGUCUCUCACAAAACCAUUGAUCAACUCAUUGCGAAUCUUGGGAAGUGGGCCAGGUGGUACAAGUAUGCCUCAAUUGGUUGCGCUGUGUUUGGUGCUUAUUUGCUCGCUAAGCAUGGCAUUCAGUACAUUAUGGAAAAAAAACGUCAUUGGGAAUUGAAGAAAAGAGUUCUUGAUGCUGCAGCUAAAAGAACACCUACAGGCAACGAAGGUUCAAAUGAUAAAACUGAAAAUGGAGUCAAUGCGGCUCGAAAGGAUGGGCAACUGCCUGAUAUAUGCGUCAUAUGCCUUGAGCAAGAGUACAAUUCUGUGUUUGUCCCGUGUGGUCAUAUGUGCUGCUGUGUGACAUGCUCUUCACAGUUGACAAGCUGUCCGUUAUGUCGAAGUCGAAUCGGGCAGGUGGUGAAGACUUUUCGUCAUUGAAAAAUUGGAUGCUUGUCAAUUGGAAAUACAACUUACUGGGACCAUGAAUGCAAUAAAUGGUCUUGCAAUUUUACUGUUCACUUUGCGUCUCAUUUGACACAUUUUACUCGUGAACUCAUUUUUUCUCCACUUUACAAACAGUUAGCGUUAGGUGUAUAUUAGAAGUUACAUAUAAUCUUUUCAGAUUGUUCUCUUUGUCCAAAGGUGUAAAUAUAAAUUUCUUAAAGCAACUUUAGUACCCUCUUUAACUAAUAAAAACUAUUUUCUGUAAA